AUGAGCACCAACAGGGCUUCCUGGCCCAGACAACGGUACACCAGAACUGUCAGCCCCAAGCUGUCAGCACCAAGCUGUCAGCCCCAAGCUGCCAGCACCAAGCUGCCAGCACCAAGCUGCCAGCACCAAGCUGCCAGCACCAAGCUGUCAGCCCCAAGCUGCCAGCACCAAGCUGUCAGCACCAAGCUGUCAGCACCAAGCUGCCAGCCCCAAGCUGCCAGCACCAAGCUGUCAGCACCAAGCUGCCAGCACCAAGCUGCCAGCACCAAGCUGCCAGCACCAAGCUGCCAGCACCAAGCUGUCAGCACCAAGCUGUCAGCCCCAAGCUGCCAGCACCAAGCUGCCAGCACCAAGCUGUCAGCACCAAGCUGUCAGCCCCAAGCUGCCAGCACCAAGCUGCCAGCACCAAGCUGUCAGCACCAAGCUGUCAGCACCAAGCUGCCAGCACCAAGCUGCCAGCACCAAGCUGCCAGCACCAAGCUGCCAGCACCAAGCUGUCAGCACCAAGCUGCCAGCCCCAAGCUGCCAGCACCAAGCUGUCAGCACCAAGCUGUCAGCCCCAAGCUGCCAGCACCAAGCUGUCAGCCCCAAGCUGCCAGCCCCAAGCUGCCAGCACCAAGCUGUCAGCACCAAGCUGUCAGCCCCAAGCUGCCAGCCCCAAGCUGCCAGCACCAAGCUGCCAGCACCAAGCUGCCAGCCCCAAGCUGCCAGCACCAAGCUGCCAGCACCAAGCUGCCAGCACCAAGCUGCCAGCACCAAGCUGCCAGCACCAAGCUGUCAGCCCCAAGCUGCCAGCACCAAGCUGUCAGCACCAAGCUGCCAGCACCAAGCUGCCAGCACCAAGCUGUCAGCCCCAAGCUGUCAGCCCCAAGCUGUCAGCCCCAAGCUGUCAGCACCAAGCUGUCAGCCCCAAGCUGUCAGCACCAAGCUGCCAGCCCCAAGCUGUCAGCCCCAAGCUGUCAGCACCAAGCUGCCAGCACCAAGCUGCCAGCACCAAGCUGCCAGCACCAAGCUGUCAGCACCAAGCUGCCAGCACCAAGCUGUCAGCCCCAAGCUGUCAGCACCAAGCUGUCAGCACCAAGCUGUCAGCCCCAAGCUGUCAGCACCAAGCUGUCAGCCCCAAGCUGUCAGCACCAAGCUGUCAGCCCCAAGCUGUCAGCCCCAAGCUGUCAGCACCAAGCUGUCAGCCCCAAGCUGUCAGCCCCAAGCUGUCAGCCCCAAGCUGUCAGCACCAAGCUGUCAGCACCAAGCUGCCACCCCAAGCUGCCAGCACCAAGCUGCCAGCACCAAGCUGCCAGCCCCAAGCUGUCAGCACCAAGCUGUCAGCACCAAGCUGCCAGCACCAAGCUGCCAGCACCAAGCUGCCAGCACCAAGCUGCCAGCACCAAGCUGCCAGCACCAAGCUGCCAGCACCAAGCUGUCAGCACCAAGCUGCCAGCAACUCUCCCAGUAAAACCAACGAAAGCUCCUCUCACUCUCCAGUUGUCAUGUUGA